AUGUCCAAACUCAAAUUCGUGCAUAUCAAUGUCCUGUGCUACCCGCGUGAACGCUCGCUGAAGGCAGAGAUCACUUUCAGCGGUCCAUUCACGGGGUCCGUGUCAGCGAAGGGAUACCACGAUAAUUCUGCUUGCAGCUUGCCAAUACAGCAGCAGUCGGGUACUCACAUUACGCUGAGGUUUGAUAGCUGCGGAAUAAGACGCAAGACGGGCAUACCAGGGAAACACCAAAAGGUUAAAUAUUGGCUGGAAUUUGAAAUUCUAGCUGCAACAUCGUCGUUUGCGUCCGAGAUCGGUUGUGAAUACUAUCAGUUCCUAGAGGACCAGUACGCAGCGCACACGCCGUCACCCCCAUCGCACUACCCGCUACCGACAGUGAACCUGUGGGUCGAACCUAACAACAAUUCGCCGGCUACGUCUAGCCUAAACAUUGCGCUGACCGAUAACAGUAGGUUUGAGCUUGCCGUGGGACAGUGCGAAGCCUGGGAUACCGCUAGUAAACAAGGGUUCAUUCUCACGGAUAAAAAUGGCUGCUCCAUCAACAAGGACGUGAUGACGGACUUGGUGACGUUAAAGAGUCGCGCUCUGGCGUCGCCGCGGACGCUUAUGCAGGCGUAUCUGAACAACCAAGUGUUCCCAGCCAACCGCGAGUACAGCGUUACGUGCAACUACGUUUUGUGCGCGGGAGUGUGCGAUACCAGAAGCCGGUGCUGAUGACGUGAUUUGCGAUGACGGUAGGCUGACCGCGUGUGUUCCGCUCUGUCCACACCUCACAUAUCCACAUCAACAGACAGCUACAUCACGCACCGCGUCCAACUUGCUCACUCUGUCUGCUCUUACAUGCCAUAUACACAUGCAUAUCGCUCGGAUAAUCAAUGGCGCCACGCAGGAGUACGUGUAAAUCGAACGAGCAAAUGAGUAAACAACCAAAUAGUCAAAAGAGCACGUCUACGAACGAAGAUCCUCUAAAUAAUAUAUCUGACUGACCUCGUAUCAGGGUGAACCACCGGUUUACACACAUUUCCUUGCUAUCAAGGUGCAUAUUUCGGUAUUUUACGGUGGACAAAUCGUUGACGUCGCAACCUAGACACAGCGAACGAAGGCGGGAUCGCGUUGUUAUGAACUUCCGAUGUAUUUUAUAUACCUCUUUAUUGUGCGACUGCAAACUGGGGAAGUAGCAUAAUUGUAUAUUAGGUAUGGUGACAAUAAUGUCUAACGGCAGUUUUAUCUCGUGGUUUAUACGGGAUAGCAAUUGCUUCGUAUCUAUAAUGUAUCAAUAUGCCGUAUAUAUAUAAUAUUAUAUAGAUAUAGAUAUGUAAUUUUUGUUUAAUUAAUAUUAUUAAUUAACAUACGGCGACGCGAAUGAGAAAAUCUGCGCGCUGACAGUGUAACGUAUUUGUAUCAAUAAAAAGGUUUUUAGUAAUUUUAUGUAGGAGUGUAUAAAUCUGUGGAAUAAAGAAAAAAUCCUACGUAA